CUAGAUGGCGUCAAAGUAGUAAUGGCAGCCUUCUAUACUCGUUGUGGUUUGUUUACGCAUCCGAAAUGUGUGCAAUGUUCUUCAGCUACAACAUUCAAAACGGCAAUUGUGGGGUUGCAAAGUUGUCACUCUCAGAGGUGGAGCAGCUCCAAAAAAUUAGAAGAGGGACCUGAUCUGGAAGCAUUCAUUGCAGGCGUGAUACCACGAGGUGCAACUCACAAGGAUUAUGAAGGGCAGUUACAACUGGACACAUCAGAUCGGAGAAAUCGCCUAAGGCUUCCUCCCUGGUUGAAGAGUAAUAUUCCAAUGGGCAAGAACUAUCACCAUCUAAAAGAUACUCUCAGAAACCUCAACCUGCACACAGUUUGUGAGGAGGCAAGAUGUCCAAACAUCGGAGAGUGUUGGGGAGGGAGUGGGACAGCGACUGCUACAAUCAUGUUGCUGGGGGACACAUGCACCAGGGGUUGUCGCUUCUGCUCUGUGAAGACAUCCCGAGCACCUCCUCCACCUGAUCCCGAAGAGCCACGCAACACGGCUGCUGCCAUAGCAGAGUGGAAUUUGGAUUAUGUGGUCCUUACUUCAGUUGACAGAGAUGAUAUUCCUGAUGGUGGUUCUAGUCACAUUGCUGAAACUGUUAAGGAACUGAAGAAAAGGAAAGAAGACAUCUUGGUGGAGUGUCUGACGCCCGAUUUCGGAGGAGACUUGGAAGCUGUGGAGAGGGUCACCCUUAGUGGUCUAGAUGUCUAUGCUCAUAACAUUGAGACAGUGGAGCAUCUUCAGAGCCAGGUCCGAGACAGGAGGGCUAACUAUAGCCAAUCUCUAGAGGUGUUGAGGCAUCCUAAAAGGGUCAGAAAUGACAUUGUGACCAAGACAUCCAUCAUGUUGGGAUUUGGGGAGACGGAUGAUAUGAUUAAGGCCACCAUGGAAGAUUUACGGCUAGCCAAUGUGGACUGUUUGACGCUUGGGCAGUACAUGCAGCCAACCAAGAGACACAUGAAGGUAUUUGAAUAUGUGAGGCCGGAGAAGUUCAAAUUCUGGGAAGAGUAUGGAAACUCGUUAGGCUUCUCUUACACAGCGAGUGGACCUCUGGUCAGAUCAUCCUACAAAGCAGGUGAAUUUUUCUUGAAAAACUUGGUGCAUCAGAGAACUAGCUUAAAAGUCAAGUGAACCAUGGACACAAAAUGUAAAGAUAUGCAGAAUUUAUGAAGAUACAAAUAAGAUAUAUUUUAUAGAUAAUAUUAUAGAGUAAUAUAAAAUGCUUUAUAAAUAUGAUUUAUUUUUUUCUCUUCAAUGCCACUGUUGAAACUUUUCCUUAUUUGAACGACCAAGUCUCAUUCAUUUCAAACUGUC